AUGCUGCAUACGUUAAGUGCCGGCGCGUUUACACGAUAUGAUUUUUGGACCAAAUCGGUCAUUUUUACCGAGUAUAUUUAUAUCUUUACAUGCUCGUCACGUGUACAGCUUUCGCAUAUGAAUUACGGCAUUUUAUAUGUUUGUGUACACGAUAAAAUUACAAAACGAUUCGCAGAGCCGCUCUUCUUAUCAAUGUUACUUUUCAAGGUCGAUUGGAGGUGGUUGGUUUUGCAAACAAUGAACGUAAAUACGAAAAAAAAUCUUAAUUGUGCCUCGUAUCACAAUAAAUCGUAUAAAGAUGCUUUAAAAGCAUUAUUUAGUUUACAAAGCAAUUAUCAAUAUUUGAAAUUGGCAACAAAACCAAACGUUGAUAAUUCUAAUAAGUUGGACGAUGUAAGAAAAGCUCUGCUCCGAUCUGGUAUUACGCUCGAAAAAUUAGAUACUUUGUCUGUCAUACAUGUAGCAGGUACUAAAGGAAAGGGUUCUGCUUGCGCAUAUACGGAAGCUAUUUUACGUAAACAUGGUUUUAGGACAGGAUUCUUUAGUUCUCCGCAUUUAGUUACAGUUAGAGAACGUAUUAGAAUAAAUGGAGAACCGAUAAGCGAAUCAUACUUUACACGGUACUUCUGGAGGGUGUAUAACAAGCUAGAUAACACAAAAGAACAUGAAUCGGAUAUGCCCAUGUUUUUUAAGUUUUUAACGAUUCUAAUGUUUCAUAUAUUUUUGGAUGUAAAUGUUGAUGUUGCUAUAAUUGAAGUUGGAAUUGGAGGGUUAUUGGAUUGUACAAAUAUUGUAAAAAGUCCUGUAUGUGUAGGUAUAACUAGUUUAGCAUUGGAUCAUACCAGUGUAUUAGGUAAUACCAUAGAGGACAUAGCUUUUCAAAAGUCUGGGAUUUUUAAACCAAAAUCUAUUGCAUUUUCUGUUCCACAACUUCCAGAAGCUAUGCAUGUGUUAGAGAAAAGAGCAGUUGAAAGUCAUUGUACAUUACGCGUUAUCCCUUCCUUAGAAGAGUAUACAUGGGAAAAUAUAUCACCCAUUUUACAAAUAACAAACAAUGUUCAAAAACAAAAUGCAUCUUUGGCCAUUCAGAUGGCUACUACGUGGAUAACCUCUAAAAGCAAUAAAUGUGUACCUAUAACAUCUAAUACCAUACAUGGUAAUAAUAAUAACGAGUAUAUUCAAAGGAAUAGUUUGAUACAAGAAACAGAGCUGUCAGAGAUUGUGUCUAUGGACAAAAUUGCAAUAGGUUUAUGUGCUUGCAAGUGGCCAGGUAGAAUGCAAAUUUUAAGAGGUAGUAUGGCUGAUUUUUUCUUAGAUGGUGCGCAUACGAUUGAAAGUAUGAAAUGCUGCAUCGAUUGGUUUAACAAUGUAAGCAACGGUAGAAGCGAAGGAAACAAAAUUUUAAUUUUUAAUACCAGCUCGAAACGAAAUUCGACUACACUCUUGACACUUUUGAAGCCAUUGGGCUUUCGUAAAGCGUAUUUUGUACCAAAUUUUGCAAGAAUUGAAACUACAGACAACGAAAUGAAUUGUUAUUUAAUAGAUGCACAAAAACUGAAAUGUGUAAAUAAUUCCAAUGAAUGGGAAGCAGAUUCAAUGGUUGUAAAUAGUGUAUUUGAAUGUCUGGAAGAAAUAAAAAAAGGUUCUACGGAUAACGUUAAUUGUAACGAGAAAUUUCAAAUUCUAGUUACAGGAUCGUUGCAUUUAGUAGGUGCAGUUCUUUCUAUAUUAGACCCGAAUUUGACAAUGAGUACAAAAUUUUGA